AUGGAUUUUGAUGAGCGGGUCCCAGUUGGGUCUAAUAUGUAUUUGCCCGGCAGCUGCACCUAUUACAUCUCCGGAUCAGACUUCUCAAGCCUCCCUCCUUUUUUGUCUCACCAGAGUCAGUCUUCUAGUCCCAUGACAUAUUCCUACCCAUCCUCAACUCUGCCACAGCUUCCGUCUGUCAGAGAGGUAGCUUUCAGGGACUAUCAUGGCAUUGCUAGCUCCAGUAAAUGGCACCACCAUAGGGGCGGUAUGUCACACUGCUACCCCACUGAGGACACGGUGCAUAGGGACUGUUUAUCAAGCUCGACUUCCUUGGGGGAAAUAUUCACGAAAAAUAACUACAGUGAUGUCUAUCACUCCAGCACCUCCAAUCCCAUAUCCAGUCUCCAUGGCAGUGUGAGCAGGAAUGGAGUGCUACCACAAGCCUUUGAUCAGUUUUUCGAUACUGCCCACGGAAGCGUAGACACCACACCAACAAACGAACAUUCCGUGGACAGAACUGCCACCAAACUACCUACAGUUCCGGUGACCGGCUCCGAUAAGUGCCGGGAUACAGAGGAGAGACCGCCGCGCCAGGAGAGCUGCAGCCCGGUGUCUUCUUCCGGCAACAAUGAGGAGAAAUAUAGCUGCAGCCGUGAGUAUAAAGACGACGCGCACCAGUUCUGUGAGAAAGUUUGCAAUCUAACGCGCUGCUGUUAAGGCGUUUAUAUGCUGUUUUAUAAGCGCAUAAGGUUUAUUGAGGGGCUGUAGAUCUACCCCAACAAAAACGUUGUUAUAAACGAAAAGAUCACGUGCUUGGGACUGAAAUUGGCUGUGAAAGACAGAGCAUUUCCCCCUCUAAAAUAUUCGAGCAUAUUUGUAGGCCUAUUAGUUGUUCUAGUUUAUAGACGCAUAGCUUGGCUUACUUUUCAUAACGUUUCAAACGACUGCAACGAGAACUUAAUGAAUUUAUAGAUUUAUUGCAAAAUUAUAUCUUCAUACAUUAUAACUCAGGGACGAAUUGAAUCGUGUUUCUCUGUUUUUGUGCUGCAUGGGUCCCCCUAUAACCUGUUUGGUAUAUUGUUAUUAUAUUAAUAUAAUCUUAGAGAUAUAGUAUAAGGUGAUAAAGUAAAUAAUUUAACAUUUCAUUGAUUUCAUUGAUUCAUUUAUUUAUUUAGCCAGGAGGAUAGUCCACUCAAUAACAAUUGCCACCCACUGUGCACAGACGUUAUUUCAACGUCUAGUUUUGAUUUACAUUUGGUUGAGUUGUCAACUAACGUGAAAUCAACAUGAAAGCAACAAAACAAUUCACCAUGUCAUUGGAUUUAGGUUAGAAGUUGGAUGAAAAAAAAUAUGGAAUUCCCUUACAUUGAUGACUUUUUGCAAAUCCAAUCAGUUUUCCACGUUGAUUCAACGUCAUCAUAUUACAUUUUUUGUUGUUGAAAUGACGUGGAAACAACGUUGAUUCAACCAGUUUUUGCCCAGUGCGGCACUGUUUUCCAGGGAGUCCUGGGAUCCACAAAAUCUAUAAAAACAUUCACAUUACAUAGAAAAUGUGUAGAAAGCACAGCAUACACAGUAUAAUACAUUAGGCUAGUAUACACUAGAAAGCGUUUACCACUGCGUUUUUGUAAUGAUGUUCCUUUUGUGAGGGCUCGUGUUUGAUGUUGUCGAGAGGUGUUAUUAUUAGGGCUAUUGAUUUUUACCACCCAUCAUUUCCAUAUACUGAACUCUAAGAAAUGUCAUGAUUAUGUUGCAUAAUGUACCCUAAAUAUGCAUAGAAAUGUUGGGAUUUAAGCUUAUUAAAAGCAAAACCUGGCCAAAACUAUUUAUCCAGUUUCUAUCUGAAUUGCAAUUCUUCUUUUCAGGUGGACAGAAAACGCGUAAGAAGAGAUGUCCAUACACCAAAUACCAAAUCAGAGAACUGGAGAGGGAGUUCUUUUUCAGUGUUUACAUCAACAAGGAGAAACGUCUUCAACUUUCGAGGAUGCUCAAUCUCACCGACCGUCAAGUUAAAAUCUGGUUUCAAAACAGGAGGAUGAAAGAGAAGAAACUGAACAGAGACCGUUUGCAGUAUUAUACAACGAACCCUAUGCUGUAACACUGACUGAUGGAUUUCGUCUUUCCCUCAGACAAGGCAUGCAUGAAGCUCAAUCGCUAAUUUCAAGUUCGUUACUGUCUGCAAAUUCCUGAUUACACCCCUCCUGUGAUGGACGGACAUUUGUAGAUUUCUUUGUCCGCCACACUUAAUUUUUUGGGAGUAAUACCUACUGUUUUAUUAUAAUGAUCAUUAUUAUUUUUAUUAUUAUUAUUAUUAGACCUAUUGGCCUAUUUUCAUUUUAGGUGUUUUUCUUGUUCACCGUAUUGAUCAUUUGAUCUUGCUAUUUGUUGUUACGAAGUGUGGUGCCACCAAAACAGAAAAUAUAUUUGGUCGAAUCCUAACUUGCGUAAAAGUCAUAUUUUCGAGCAAAUUAUUUAAUUGCCAUCAAUGCGUAAUGCAUACGCGCGCCUAUUUCAUGUCAAAUUUGACAUUUAACUGUGUACCAUAUUUAACAACCUGUAUCUUUACAUUUAUUAUAUAUGCACUUACAAAGGGGAAAUACCUUUUCCAUGACGAGAAGGCAUGAUUUAUCCCAAACUUUGUUGGUUGUUUGUUGUCGCCAUUACACACGCACAGAAGAACUAGCCUAUAGUUGAAUAUAGGCCUGUUAUUUAUGCAUUGAUUGCCAUAGUUUUUGUUCUCGUGAAAUAUUCGACAUACAAAGGUUAUAUUGUAAAAUUGUUCAAUCAACCCUGAUACUUGAAAGUGUUCGUUUUGUUUAAGUUCUCAAUGUCGGAACAUGUCAGCCAGUUGCCUUUGUUUGUGGCAAGAGAAAAGCUGCUACAAUAUAUUGAGCCGAAAUAGCCUAUUUGUGGGACAUUUUAGUUAUUUGUCUUCAUUUUUUAGCCUAUUCAAAUGUUCCUCUGUGUAAACAGCCUACGAUGUUGUUUGGAAUGAUUAGGCCCUAUAUAGGCUUAGCCUAUUUCACACACCCUAUUGGAGACAUACGAGUCACAGGUCGAGACCUUUCCAUUUGUUUUCUUAGUUUAUUUUCUAAAUUGGAUGAAUGGGUCUAUAUGUCUCGAGAAAAUAUCUCCUUGUAUGAUUCUCGACAUAAAACCUGGCUGCGUGGGUCAUAUCAGAUGUAUGAUGUAUUUGACUUUACAUUGCCCCCAUGGGCCGAAAUGCGAUCCUCUGCAAUUAACGUUAAAUAUCCAUUACGGAACUUCCACCCAAAAGGUUGUCUAUCACGUUAUUUUAUUCAACUUUAUGUACCAUGCUAAACCAUCCAUCACGAGAGGACUUUUAUAUAGAAUCAACGUCUGGAGUUUAAAUGGCCCGCGUUUAAGUGUAUAGUUUCAAAAAUAAGACUAGGCCUAUAAAAGAGAAUGUAUAGCCUACCUUAAAUAAAUAAAGUAAAAUACUUAAGGUAGGCCUACAUAAAAAUAAAAAACUUGAUCAGUUGUUGUUUUAUUAUAUUGGCAAAUUCUAAUAUUAGGCCUACUGAUUGUGUAUUAGGCGUAUGUGUAAAAUUGGCUGAUGUUUGCCAAUAUUUCGGUUAAUGUAUUAUAGUUCAAAGCCUAUGGGCGUUCAUGAAUAGUGGGCUAGUGAAAACACCAAUUAAGAGGGAUAGCAGCAAUAAGCUGGUGUAGAUGGCCUGCUGCAGCCAGUACGCGUGAUGGUCUUUGGACUGUUCAUCCUGGCCUGUACAUCCUCCCUGUUGCUGCAGCAACUUGGCCAUAAAACGCGUCUUCGUCUGGAGCAUUUGUACGAUUGGAGUGUAGUGCAAUAAACCGUCUGAGACCAAGGUUAUUAACUGUGACUAAGGGCUUUAAAAACAACGGCUGCCGCCUGGGAGCAGUGAAAGGUUGUGUUCGCGGACUUCUCCGGCUUCAUUUGUCUCAGCAGCUCAGCGUGCACCGGCAGGAAUAUAUUCAGGAUGGAAUCUGCAGUUCGAACGUGGUUGUUUGUUCCACUGGGGGGCGCUGCUCCGAUCAAUGUCAUGGAUCAAUGCCGUGGAUGUUGACGGAAACUAACUCUGGCCGAGACUCUUCUUCCCAUGCAUCAAACAUCCAAAGAUCCACAGACUCAUUACAUUACAUGGUUUCAUUGUUCAGGUAAUUAUCCCUAUGUGUGUAUUAUUGUUAAAUAUUAUCUUAUUUUCAUCUAAAUAUAUUUCAAACUGCUCGAAAUGGGAGAAAAAUACUUGUGUGGUCUAUUUUUUCUUGGUAAAAUGGGAUAAAGUGAGGCGUUUUUGUAAUUAGCAUUUCCAUCCUGCUACAAAAUAAUUUCUAAAACUGGUAUAUAGCUCAAAUACACAUUAUUGGAUCUAUAAUAUUAGUACAGUUGGAGACCGGCUGGCUGGAAAGGACCAAUGUAUUCCGUGUGGAAGAGGACAACUGAAUAGACCUACCUACCGUUUCACAGCACAGAAUAGCUUGUGGUUAUUUUAUACAGUAUACAUCUCAAUAUAACCAAUAUGCUAAACGGCAAAUAGCUUUAAACAUAGGCCUCAUCCUGUCUAGAGAUGUCUAUGGCGUUUUUCUGGAAAAAAUAACACAACCUAUUCGAAUGGUUCUUAUUUGAGUCAUUAUUACCAUAGUUUACCAAAUACAAACGUUAGAUUAUAAAAUGUGUUUGGUUUGUGUGUGUGUGUUGGGGAGGUGAGAAAGGGAAGGGGAAUAGCCUACCAGAGGGCUUUUUAGUCUCCAGUGAAAAAUAAAAUAGCUGUUAGCGGAUGUAGUAAAGUGCCACAUUAUGCACGAGGGGCGCAGGCAUAUUUUUUGUCCCGUUGCAAGAAUAACUUGGAACAGAGGAAACAUUGUUAACAUGAUUUUAUUAGCAGCUAUAAGGAGACAUGCAUACAAUGAUUUUAAGUAUGAUAAUAACUUAAUAAUAACUUAAUAUACCACAGGCUAGAGGCAAAUAAAUAGGCUGUUGAAAUUAUUAUACGCACACCAUGAGACUAGUACGCACUCAAAUGAAUGGCUUGGGCCAUUCAUUAAAAAAAAAAAUAAUCUAAAUCGGAUAAAAACUAAAAUAAGUCGCACCAUAUAGUGUUUUUGGUGUCAGAACAAUAACGUAAUAUAACCGUGGUAAUUAUAGUAACAAACAUAGCAAGGAUUAUGUUUUUCCCAACUGCAUGGGGGAAUAAGGGAGGAAUGUAUUUAGAAAGGCAGUGGUUAGAACCACAUAAUACAUCUAGUCCUAUUGUUAUGAUUUACGUAGGCCUAAUCUAUUUCUAUACAAUUUGGGGAUAUGAGUCUGAGGAUAUUGUUUUCAAUUAGAUUCUUAAGGAAAUAAGAGGGAUCCCACAGAAAUUGGCUCUGCUGGUGUAUAAAAUCAUCUAAACGUGACGAGCUUACACUUGUAAAAUGCAUUACGCACAAAUUACGCACAACGUUUUUCAUAACAAAUGCACGUCUUUGAUAAAUAAGGUGUUUGUAACGUUUUUAUUUUCGACUGUAUUUCCCAUUAUGUUAACAAGAUAGGUAAACAAUCUUUGCCACAGCCUAUUUUGUUUCUGACUUAACCAGCAACAAAGUGGAAAACUAAUUUUGUUGUAACAGAUAGCCUACACUGGAUUCUUUACUCUUGCUUCAUGUAGGCCUAGUAGCCUUUAGAUUUUCAAGGCUGUUGAUUAUUGUUUGCGCAUGUAAAAUUAUCUCUAAUUGGUAGCUAAAUAGCUCACAUUCACACUUCUAAAUAAGGGACAUUAACUAAUUGUAUAUUAAACAUUUUGUCACAAUGUUCUGUGAACUUGAACAGAGCAAUGUUUUGACGCUUCUUGGAGAGAAAAGUGUAACUAGCUUUCCACUAAAAUGUUUUCAACGUCUGAAGACAUCUGCAGUUAUUUGCACUGUCCCUUCACAUGUAAAUAGUUAUUUGUGUAUGAUCAUAUCUUCCCCUCUCUCUGCCUCGUGUGUGUGUGUGUGUGUGUGUGUGUGUGUGUGAGUGGGUGCAUGAGGUCAAUGUUUACAACACAGAUUAUCGUAAAAGGUAAUGCAGCACAUUUCAUAUCACCUAUACUAUCUAUCCACCAGUUUAGGUUGAACUGAAAGCCUUUAAUACACCACUUACCUUGACUUUUUCAUUUAUUCUAUUAAACCUUUAAACAAAAUUAAUAUUGGAAACUGGCAUUACGUGCCAUUACGUGCCUUGAAUGGGAGGAGUCUCUCUUACUUGUGUUUUAAUUGGCUGUCAGCUAAAGCGCAGAGAAGUGUGAGUAUCAGUAAUAAUAUUCAGCAUGUUUUGCACAAGAAAUGUCAGCCAGAAAGGGCUAUCCUCAUCCUCCGUCAAAUUAUACCCCAACGAUGUCACGCUCUGACAACCAAAGUGGAAAUUCGUUUUUAGUGGACUCCUUAAUCCACGGAAGAACCGAGAGCGGUGCCUCCUAUUACCAAAGUAACAGCGUGUAUUUGCCACCAGGCUCGGAGUACUCCUAUGGACUACCCAACGGCACUUUUUUCUCGGGGCUCAGUAAACGCAACGAGAGCAAUUCUCAAACUACGGUACCCUCAUCUGGCCCAUAUUCCCAUAUUCAAGGGAUGGAAACAUGGCUAGAGACCUCGAGAUCUUGUCAAGUAGAUCAGCCGAACAACCAGCAGCAAAUUGCUCAUUGUUCAUUCUCUCCGAGCAUCAAAGAGGAGAAUGCGUAUUGCCUGUAUGAAUCGGAGAAGUGUCCAAAAAGGUCAACAACGAGGGACGACAUUUCAUGCCAGGUUACAAACAGCACCGUGCCUGUUCCCGGUUACUUCCGCCUGUCUCAGACAUAUACCUCUUCAAAGCUUUAUCAAGACGUUCAGCCGAACCCACAGCCGACUCACUUCGCUCUCCAACGUCCGGCCCGUUUCGACACCUCACCACCAUCGGCUACCCCGGUGGUGGAUACAGACAGGAGGGAGAGUGAAGCACCGCCUGACCCACCACCAUGUGCUCCAGCCCCGCCAAGAGAUGAGGACACCCGGACAUCGUCUGCGGAUGGUUUGUCCUCCCCCGAACCCACCGAGAGCUGUGCAGAAAGUCCAGACAAACCCGUUAAAGGUGAGUACUACUCUAAAUCCCAAAUAUGACUUUAUGACAAUGGGCUCUUGAUGGGUGUACACGGAGGGAGUGUCAAUGCCCCCGAGUCAGUGUAGAUGUGCCUUGGCGUUAACCUUGGUUUUUAGAGGCAUAUCCUACUGCUAUAUCGAUUAUAUUGUGGACAUUAAAACUUCCCCAUAUGUGGGUUAUAUGCGCAGUGGUAAAGGCAUAUCUUUGUUGGGUUUGACAGAGUCGCCAUGAGCUGGGAUUUCCUCCAGUUUUUUAAAUGAUUUUCUGACGAGGAGCAGCAAGUCCAGUCCAGUACAUGUGUCCAAUACAACGCGUCGAUGUCCUCAGGCGUCCCCAUAAACCAUCAAAUGCAGCCAUAAUUUCAGCAGACUAUGAGUUUCUUUUGUCUUAAUAAAGGCGUAUUAUUACAUUGACAUAGAAUUAAGUGGAUAUUGAGCACAACGUGGAUGUAAUGGCUUAGGUUUUUGGAUAGACGCUAAAUAUGUGCAUACAACGUGCAUUGUGUGUGUGUGUGUGUGUGUACAUUAACUUCGUAUUACUGUCAAAUAAACUCAUGGAUCCAGGAUGGCUAUUCAAAGAUAAUUUUAGACAACUAAAUGUUUUUUUGAUAGGAUAGGUGUUUGUCUAUAGAUGCAAACAUGUUAUGGAAUUGGGGAAUACAUUAUUUCUGUGUACAAUAAUUACAUUUGGGCAACAAUUAUUUUAAAAGGCUGUCUACCUCCGUUAGCAUGGUCGUGCAAUAUUUACUCACGAAUUCAACGAGGUUACAUUAGGCCAAAGUAACUUGGAAAGUGCAUUACGCACGAAUUACGCAUAAUGUUUUUCAUAACAAAUGCACCGUUUUUGAUAAAUAACGUGUUUAUUUCAUACAGUAUUUAAAUACAAAACCAGUUGGAAGAAUAUACACUGGCAUUUUAAAGUUACAUCAGUGCAGUAGCAGUAGUAAUUUCUCUUUCAUUUCCCUUUCUACAGGAGAUGGAAAAUCUGAAACCAAGGCUAACUGGCUGACAGCGAAGAGUGGCCGGAAAAAGCGUUGUCCCUACACCAAGCACCAGACUCUUGAGCUCGAGAAAGAAUUUCUCUUCAAUAUGUACUUGACUCGUGAGCGUCGCCUGGAGAUCAGCCGCAGCGUCCACCUGACAGACAGGCAAGUCAAAAUCUGGUUCCAAAACCGAAGAAUGAAACUGAAAAAAAUGAGUCGUGAAAACAGGAGCUAUCGGGAGCUAUCGAACAACUUCAGUUUUUCGUGAGACAUUCGUGCCGUAUUUGGCGCCCUCCUUCAUCAAUGGCAAGGGCGCCUUCCUUCGAGAAACCCUUGUUGUGUGAAUAUGACCGUGUAGGAUAGCCUACUAUAGCUAACUUAUUGAUAUGUCGUUUUUUUGACGUUGUACCUAUAUACGUCUCUGUUUUGUUUGUCGUGGUUAUGUAUUUAUACUGUCAAAAGAUAUGGUUGCUCCGUUUAUGUAUAGAGCAACAGUUAAUAUAGAUAUGGAACGACUUAAGUGUUUCAGAGCUGCACAAUAUCGGCAUUCGUUGUACAUAACAUAAUACAUGUAUAUAGCCACCUUGAGUGACGCAUUGACAUCUGUGCAUGCUGGAAUAGCUCUUGGGGAAAUGUUGUAACCUGUAGCAAUAUAGGCCUACGUUACGUCAUGGCUAAAGAGCCUUGAGUGGUUUGAUAUUUAAUAUCUGCACAUUUUGCUGGUAUGAUAGCCAUUAUACUAAAAGCAUCACACAAUAACUAUUUUGUUAAGGGUUUUAUUUAUACACACGAAAUGUAUCUGAGACUUGUAAAUAUUGUUUACAGUUUGCCUUCUCAUAUUUGUCUUCAUGAUUUUAUUGUUCUCGCCGACCGUUUUAAUAAUAUUGCCCAUAUUCUCAUUGCUUUGUCUAUAGAGAGACUAUACUGUGAAAUUCAUUGAUAUGUGUGUCGGCCUCACUAAGUAAGUCAAUAAAAACAUGGCACGUUUUUACCUUGCAUUAGCAUGCUUUAGUCCACAGAUCAUGUUUCCUGUAUAGAAUGUAAUCUUUCAUACCCAAGAUAGGAAUUGCCGGGGG